CAAUCCCGAGCCCAAGUCCCGCCCACCGAGCGGAUCAAGUUUGAAUGAACAACAGCAGUCUGAUCUGGAGCUGCUAGUGGCUUUUGCAGGAAUUAUUAAAAGUGAGGAUCACAUCAGGGCACACACAUCCAGGAUGGAUAUGAAGAAAAGAAUUCACCUCGAAUUGCGGAACCGCACUCCGUCAGACGUUAAAGAACUUGUUCUAGACAACUGUCGUUCAAAUGAAGGGAAGAUCGAGGGUCUGACAGAUGAAUUUGAGGAGCUGGAAUUUCUAAGCACAAUCAACGUCGGUCUGACAACAGUCGCCCACUUGCCCAAGUUAAAUAAACUCAAAAAGCUUGAACUCAGUGACAACCGGAUCUCAGGAGGGUUGGAAGUCCUGGCAGAGAAAUGCCCCAACCUCACACAUCUCAACCUCAGCGGCAACAAGAUUAAAGACCUCAGCACAAUAGAGCCAUUGAAAGAGCUGAAGACCCUGAAAAGCCUCGAUCUGUUUAACUGUGAAGUGACAAACCUGAACGAGUACAAAGACAACGUGUUCAAGCUGCUGCCUCAGCUCACCUAUCUGGACGGCUACGACAAGGACGACAAGGAGGCGCCCGACUCAGACGCAGAGGUGUACGCCGAGGGGCUGGACGAUGACGAGGACGACGAAGACGAUGUAGAUGAGGAGGAGUAUGAUGAAGAUGCAGCUCCAGGAGAUGAAGAGGAGGAGGAGGGAGAGGAGGAUGAAGAGGAGAAUGAGGAAGAGGAGGAGGACGACCUGAGUGGAGAGGAGGAAGAAGAGGAGGAUCUGAAUGACAGAGAAGUUGACGACGAGGAUGAUGAUGAGGAGCGAGGGCAGAAGAGGAAACGGGAUCUGGACGAAGAAGGGGAGGACGACGACGACGACUGAGGCUCCGGCUACACUAUGGCUGUGCUCUGGCUGUGCUCUGUUUGAACUGUACCUCCCGGUCACGCCCCAGCAGCCCCGGUGUAAUCCCCCUUUCAUAUUGCAGUAGGCGAGUGUUGGUUUUUAUGUUCUUGGCCAGUCAGGUUAGAAGGACUCGCCUGCACUGCAAAAACAUGAUAUCUACAUGAGGUCAAACCACCACCAUUCAGAAUACUUUUGAGUAGGAUUCACUCGUUUAGAUUGGUUUACUUGUUUGAUCGAGACUCUUUGAUUUGUUUAAAUGGACUUGCAACUUCUUUGUUUCAAAAUACAUUUUCUUCCAUCGGGACAGUGAAAUUUCUCUUAAGACCCAUUGGUAGAUUCUACAAGAGAAGAGAAGAUAGACAUAUUAUUUCAAGAUUAAAUUAUGUAAACAGCUACAAAUAACUUAUUUCAUCUAAACUAAGCUAAGCUGUUAUAAAUCUUUGCAAUUUAACCGUAAGAGUAAAGUGCUUAAAGAAUGAGUAGCAUACAGUUCUGCAAUAACACCAGUAAAUCUAUCUAAAUAAGUUAAAAUCACUCAAAAAGAUCAAAUUCUGAAUUCAAGUUACUUUAAAUGAUGCAGAUAGAUUUUUUUUGCAGUGUGGACCUGUACCUUUGACGCUCCCGUGUCCCAGUCUUUACGGUCCACCUUUAAAUGCUUUGUGGACACCAGUUUUGUAAUAUCAAAUAUUAGCAAAACCUUUUUAAGAGUUUUAGUUUGUUUUCUCACCAGUUGUGUAAGAGCAGUUUCUGAUGACUUCUGUAUUUUAAGGCUUCCCUUCAAAAAGGAAAACUAAAAAAACUAAAAAAAAAAAAAAGUAUAUAAGAGUGCAUGUCUAUUACAUUUCAAAGUCAACUACUGGAUUUCAUGUGCGGCUGUCUUCUCCUCGUCUUAAAGUUAUUUUUGCAUUGUUUCUUUUUAAUGUAACUUAUGUGUGUAGUGUCACCAGUAUGCCAACACUGCAAAAACCAGUGUCUACACAGGUUUAAAUGACUUCUUUUUUAGAUUUGAGUAGUUUUGAAAAAGCACAGAUUGAUUUAUUACAUUUUUUUUUAGAAUAUUUGACACAAUUCAAGACUGGUUUCAGUAUAAUUUGUUUUAUAUUAUGUCAAAUCCAUCUUUCGAGACACUAUAAGAAUUAAAUGUUAUGUUGAAAAUAUACAUUAUAGAGGAGCUGCUUUGCAUUGUCUGCGCAGCAUUUAAACUAAUUCUUUUAAGUAUUUUAAGUUAAUUUAAUCAAUCUAAACUAGUUGGAACUACUCAGAUGUUUGCGUUUGUGAUUGCGGUCAUGUUAACCUGCCGUAGUGGUCCGUUUUUGCAGUGCAUGCUCUGCUGUCCUGGUGUGAAUCUUGUACUCUACCCUCACAGGGCGUAUUUUUAGGAAUGUCUGCCCUUAUCGAAGCCCCUCCCCCUCUCCGCCCUCAGCUUUGAUAGUUCGGGAAUUACGUGUUCUUGUAAAUAAUGACCAAAUCUAUUUUUUUGUAUUCUCUUUGAUGACGGCAGACAUUUUAACACCACAACUGAGGUCGAACUUGGAAUUGUAAUAUGAUGUUAAAUAUGUAUGCUGCUUUAUCUACUAUAAUACGCAGUGUGACAUUUCUGGAAUUUGAGAAGAACUUUGUAUGCAUUAUGUUUCCAUGACGACGACAUGCUCAGCGUUAGAAUCUUGUACUUGUUUUCCUCAUGUUUUUCCCUUUACACACCCGUGGCAUUGUUUGUUUGGAUUUGUGGUAGUGUAGAGGAGAUAGAAAAGGAGGUUACAAAGGCAGCAUUUGAAAAAUUUAUUGUUUCAAAGUGUAAUCUCUGGAAAAAUUGUCAGUUAUUGGGAAUAUGUUUUCACUCUUCUAUGUAAUGGUCAGAUCGGCCUACCUCAGUGACUUUACACUCUGUUUAACCCACUGUCAUCAGCCAAAAUGAUGUUUCUUUUCCCUCGCAUUCACUUCAAUAAAUCCCUUUUAUAUAUGAA